CACUCCCUCUCGCAUUCCACUCACAUCAGCCAUGACCAAGUACUCCGAGUCCUACUGCGACGUCCUCAUCGUCGGCGCCGGCCCCGCGGGCCUGAUGGCCGCCCGCGUCCUCUCCCAGUACGUCCGCGAGGACCCCGACCUCAAGGUGCGCAUCAUCGACAAGCGCUCCACCAAGGUGUACAACGGCCAGGCGGAUGGUCUCCAGUGCCGGACACUUGAGUCGCUCAAGAACCUCGGCCUCGCCGACAAGAUCCUUGAGGAGGCGAACGACAUGUCGACGAUCGCGCUCUACAACCCCGACGAGACUGGCAAGAUCCGCCGCACCGACCGCAUCCCCGACACCCUCCCCGGCAUCUCGCGCUACCACCAGGUCGUGCUGCACCAGGGGCGCAUCGAGCGCCACAUCCUCGACUCGAUCGCCGAGGUCUCGGACACUCGUGUCAAGGUUGAGCGUCCCAUCAUCCCGGAGAAGAUGGAGAUUGACUCGUCCAAGGCUGAGGACCCGGACGCAUACCCUGUGACCAUGACUCUGCGGUACAUGGGUGAGGAGGAGUCGACGCCGCUUCAGUUCGGCCACAGGACUGAGAACGGCCUCUUCCGCUCCAACCUUCAGACCCAGGAGGAGGAGGAUGCCCAGUACCGUCUCCCCGAGGGCAAGGAGGCCGGCGAGAUCGAGACCGUCCACUGCAAGUACGUCAUCGGCUGCGACGGCGGGCACUCGUGGGUGCGCCGUACGCUCGGCUUCGAGAUGAUCGGCGAGCAGACCGACUACAUCUGGGGUGUGCUCGACGCCGUCCCGGCCUCCAACUUCCCCGACAUCCGCUCGCGCUGCGCGAUUCACUCGGCCGAGUCCGGCUCGAUCAUGAUCAUCCCGCGCGAGAACAACCUUGUCCGCUUCUACGUGCAGCUCCAGGACCGCGCCGAGAAGGGCCAGCGUGUCGACCGCACCAAGUUCACCCCCGAGGUCGUCAUCGCCAACGCCAAGAAGAUCUUCGAGCCCUACACUUUCGACGUGCAGCAGCUCGACUGGUUCACCGCUUACCACAUCGGGCAACGUGUGACCGAGAAGUUCUCCAAGGACGAGCGCGUCUUCAUUGCUGGCGAUGCCUGCCACACCCACUCCCCUAAGGCUGGCCAGGGCAUGAACACCUCGAUGAUGGACACCUACAACCUCGGCUGGAAGCUCGGCCUCGUUCUCUCCGGCCGUGCCAAGCGCGACAUCCUGAAGACGUACGAGCAGGAGCGCCAGCCCUUCGCCCAGGCCCUGAUCGACUUCGACCACCAGUUCUCGCGUCUCUUCUCGGGCCGCCCUGCGAAGGACGUUGCUGACGAGAUGGGUGUCUCGAUGGACGUCUUCAAGGAGGCCUUCGUCAAGGGCAACGAGUUCGCCUCGGGCACUGCCAUCAACUACGACGAGAAUCUCGUCACGGACAAGAAGGGCUCAAAGCAGGAGCUGGCCAAGAACUGCGUCGUCGGCACCCGCUUCAAGUCGCACCCCGUCGUCCGCCACUCCGAGGGCUACUGGAUGCACUUCGGCGACCGCCUCGUCACCGACGGCCGCUUCCGCAUCAUCCUCUUCGCCGGCAAGGCGACCGACCCCGCCCAGAUGGCCCGCAUCCAGAAGUUCGGCGCCUACCUCGACAGUGAGGGCUCGGUCAUCUCGCGCUUCACCCCCAAGGGCGCCGACCGCAACUCGCGCAUCGACGUCAUCACCAUCCACUCGUGCCACCGCGACGACAUUGAGAUGCACGACUUCCCUGCCCCCUCGCUCCACCCCAAGUGGCAGUACGACUUCAUCUACGCCGACUGCGACUCGUGGCACCACCCCCACCCCAAGUCGUACCAGGCCUGGGGUGUCGACGAGACCAAGGGUGCCGUUGUCGUCGUGCGCCCCGACGGCUACACCUCGCUCGUCGCCGACCUCGAGGACACGGCCGAGCUCGACCGCUACUUUGACGGCAUCCUCAUCGAGCCCAAGGAGAAGGCCGGCGCCCAGACCGAGGGCGACUGGACCAAGGUCUUUGUCUAAACGGUUGUGUGCAGUAGCAUCGGAACGACUUGUAUCGCAUAGGAGUAGGAUAGUUAGCAGUGUUUCUCGGGAUAUGAACUCAUGGCUCU